GCCAUUCUGUGGUCACAGUGGGGCUGCCACUUGUUUGAUCUACGGAGUAAGAGGAGGCCUGGCCCUGGCCAGCGGCGGUUCCCUUCCCCAGGAGCACGCGGAGGUCCGGAGGCCUGGAGGCCCGGGUGCUGAGGCCUGUCUCUCCCAGGAGUGCGCGGAGGCCCAGGUGCUAGUCCUGGUUCGCCCGGUGCGCUGAGGGCCCCCCCGCCAGUACCCGGUGACCGUGCUCUAAUUUGAGCUGGUGAUGGUCAUUGUCCUCCAGAACAGUGAUGGAGGAACUGUCCGCCCAGGAAGCAGCAGCAUCGCCUAGGGUCUCGUUUGAGUCUUUGGAGACCCAGUCUGAGGGUCUUUCCCCAGAGCCUCAGUUCGUGCAGGACACCGACAUGGAACAGGGACUCACAGGGGCUCCACCUGUUCCCCAGGUGCCUGCUCUUCCCCAUGAGGGAAGCCUAGGAGACCAGGCAGCUGCGCUCAUGACAGCCAGGUACCAGGAGUUUGUGACAUUCGAGGAUGUGGCUGUGCACCUUACUCGAGAGGAGUGGGGAUACCUGGACCCUGUUCAGAGGGACCUCUACAGAGAAGUGAUGUUAGAGAAUUAUGGGAACAUGGUCUCACUGGGAUUUCCAAUUUCCAAGCCUGAUGGGAUCUCCCAACUGGAACAAGAUCUACAGAUCUUUGAUCUGGAAACUAAGGAUAGAGAAGUCUUAAGAGAUAACUGCUCAGAUGGAGAGACCAGAGAAGAGAAGCUGUUGAUUCCUAAGCAGAAAAUUUCGGAAGAAGUACAUUCAUACAAAAUGAGAGUAGGAAGACUCAAACAGGAUAUUGCCCAUGUUCCUGACACUAGAGAAGUGUAUAAAUCUGAGGACAGAUUAGAAAGGCUUCAGGAAAUUCUAAGGAAAUUUCUCUUCCUGGAGAGAGAGUUUAGGCAAAUAACAAUCAGUAAGGAAACCUUCACCAGUGAGAAGAACAAUGAAUGCAGUGAACCUGAAAAAAACUUCAGUCUGGACUCUACCAUUGAUACAGAUCAGAGAAUUCUUAGAAUACAGAAUACUGAUGACAGUGAUAAAUACGACAUGAGCUUCAAGCAGAACGCAGCUGCUGGUAAACAUGAACACAUAAAUCGAACACAGAAUUUUCAGAGUAGUGAGUACAAGGAAAGAUUAAUGGAUUUCUCCCACCUUAAUAAAUGGGAGAGCAUUUCUACCACUGAGAAAGCCUAUAAAUGUGAUACAUGUGGAAAAAUGUUCCACCAGAGCUCAGCCCUUACUAGACAUCAGAGAAUCCAUACUAGAGAGAAACCCUACAAAUGUAAAGAAUGUGAAAAAUCUUUCAGUCAGAGCUCAAGUCUUAGCCGGCAUAAAAGAAUACAUGCUAGAGAAAAACCCUAUAAAUGUGAAGUAUCUGAUAAAUCCUGUGAAGUGUCUGGUAAGUCCUGUAGUCCAACUUCAGGCAUAAUUCGGCAUAAGAAAAUUCACACCAGAGCCAAAUCUUAUAAAUGUAGCAAUUGUGAAAGAGUCUUCAGUCGUAGUGUGCACCUUACUCAACAUCAGAGAAUUCACAGAAAGAUGCCCUGUCAGUGUACUGUAUGUGGCAGUGACUUCUGUCAUACUUCAUCCUUAGUUGAUCAUCAAAAGGUCCACCAAGAGGUGAAAUCCUAUGAGUACGAUGAAUGUGGGUUGGCCUGUAUUAAACAUCAAGGACUUCAAUUCAGAGAAAAGCCCUAUUCAUGUAAUGAAUGUGGAAAAGACUUCAGAUUGAAUUCACAUCUUAUUCAGCAUCAAAGGAUUCACACAGGAGAGAAGCCACAUGAAUAUAAUGAGUGUGGAAAAGCUUUCAGUCAAACCUCAUGCCUUAUUCAGCAUCACAAAAUGCACAGGAGAGAUAAAUCAUAUGAAUGUAAUGAUUAUGAGGAAAGUUUUGAUUACAGCUCAGAUCUUAUCCUGCAACAGGAAGUCCUCACGAGGCAAAAAGUCUUUGAUUGUGAUGCAUGGGAAAAGAACUUCAGUCAGAGUGCACACCUGGUUCAACAUGAAAGAAUUUGUACCAAAGAGAAACCUUAUGAAUGUAAUGAACAUGGGGAGACAUUUAGUCAAGUUCAGGCUUCAUUCACCAUUUGAGAGUUCACACCAGGGAGAGAUCACGUAGGUACUGAAUAUGGUAAGGCCUUCACUUAUAGCUCAACCCUUACUCAGCAUCAGAGAAUUCACACCAGGGAGAAAUCCUCUUGAAUGUGACAAAUGCAGGAAAGGUAUUAUUGUUAAACUCUUAAUUCCUGCAAGUCAAUACCAGUGAGAAAAUGCACGAAUGUAUCGAAUGUGUUAAAUUCUUCAUGGUAUUUUCAUACCUUAGUCACAAAUGGAAAGUUCAUACUGGAAUAAAAUUCCAUUACUGAAUUGAAUGUGAAAAAGCCAUCAAACUACCUUGUUUGGUAUCAAAUUCUUAUACAGAAAGCUUACAAAUGUAAUAAAUGUGUAGGUGAGGAGAUUCAGUCAUAAUGCUCAUUCAACAUCAAAGAAUCUAUCCCUAAGAGAAGUCAUUUUUGUCUAGUAAGUGUGGCAAAUCUUUCUGUAGGAGUUCAUCAGGUCUUUGUCAAAAUCAGGAUAUUGAUACUGGAUGAGAAUUUGAUAUUGCAAAUGGAAAAAUUUGACACUGUAUUUCAGGCUUUACCCAACAUCAAAAGAUUGGAGAGAAAAUUGUUGAUUAUUUGUAUAUGAAAGUGUUAAUAUGUAUAAUCCCAACCUUCAUUGAAAAGAGUCUAGUCUGGGGGUGACUUGGUGAAUGCAGUGUCAUUAUCUCAUGGCAUUCCUUUCUUUAAUAAGUUCUAAGUAGGUAUGUAUAUUUUGUAGGAUCAGUGAUUUUUAUUUUAAUAUGUCCUAUAAACAUUUUAAUUUUUCUUGAGAUUUGUUCUUAUUGUUCACAACUUCUGUAAGAUGUCAUUAAUACAUCAUUUUUAAAACAUCAGCUUCAGGUAGCUCAAUUAGCUUUUUCUGCUGUUCUUCGCCCAAGUUCUCUCCAAAACAGACUCCUAGGCUGGUUCUUCUUAAAGGACCCUACAUACAGUAUUCCUUUACAGCCACAACACUUGGAUUCCUGAUAUUUCUCCAUUCUCUUAAGCACCUUCAAAUAUUGGUUUCCUAGCUUUAAGCUUUUCACCAGCAGGUAUGCCAUCCCUGUGUUACUGGUCUAAGUGUCUUUCUGAAAGCAAAGCAUCUUUUUUAAAGGAUUUGGAUUUCCACAUCCAGUCCAUUUAUAAGUAUGAAGGCUUCUGUUUUCCCUGAGUUUGUGGCAGGCAGCUAAACAUUUCAUGUGACACACAAAACAAGCUGCCUUGUCUGCAUGCAUAGCCUGAGAAGAGAAAUAAGGACAUUGGGAAGCCAAGACUCCUGGUGGUCUAACUACAUUCAUUUAGUGCCUAUUCUGCAUGCCUAUGUUCAAAAUUCUUUAUAUACCUCUAUUUAUGGCCAACAAAGUGCUCAGGUCUGCUUUUGAUAGGGCAACAUAUCAUAUAUGAAAAAAUCAGAGCUUCACUAGGAAAUUUAGUGUUCCAACAAAGAAUGCUGUUUUUACAUAGGAUCUUUAGAGAUAGUAUUUCAAAAGUGUGGCAGGUUUUUUCCUGGUAAAAUUUGAACCAUUAGGAUUACUGUUUUAUCUGUUUGGAUCUCCCUAUCCCUAGGGUCCCCAAUCAAUUCAGGGUAGUAAUUGAAUUAUGGGAGCUUUGUAUAUAAUUAUCAAAUAUUUGUAUUUUAAUGGAGUCUACACAACAUAUAAAAGAACAUGGCUUCUUUGAUAAAAGUGAUGACAGAUCUUGGCUCCAAAGUUCAGGGUGAAUGUCAUACAUGGAUCGUUAUAAAGUUUUGAGAUGCACAAAAAUCAAGAAAUUAAAAUCGACGCAUACAGAAGCAAAUGAAGCCUGCCCAGCAACACCGAUAAACUGAGCAAGUUAAAAUUUGCACAGGUGAAUCAGGACACUGUCAACUGUGUUUCUUGGAAGUGAAAUAAUGGAUCAUACCACAGUCUGUCUCAAAACCUUUGUAGUGGCUCAUGUAUACCUAGCAAGAGAUCAUGAUUCUUUAGGUCAUGUCAAAGCAUUUUAUUGUAUUUUUCCUACUGAAGUUUCAUAACGUUUAGUGAAUAAGAUGAAUGUUAUUAAAAAUUCGAGUUGUCCAGCAAUUGAGGCUUUCAUAGUUCAGACGUUACAAUAUUCACUAGGGAUUCUCAACAAAUAUAUGAAAAUUUAUUGCUCACUCUCCAAGCCUCUUGUGGUUAACCUCUAGGAUAGUUUUGCCACUAUAUUUUACUUCUUAGCUAUCAGCAAGAAUAAGAUGUCAUCAACUCAAGGUAGGGAUCUAAAUGUAAAAUCAACGAAAAAUGCAUGUUUUUUUCCCCAUCAAAUAUGUAUACUCAGACCAAGUAGCCACCUGUGCUGUGAAACAGGAUUACAUAAUCCUUAAAAAGCAGAAUAUGUAAAAAUCACAUGUAUGCAUUUGAUGUAGGAAUGUGCUUUUGUACUUCCACUUGAAUAAAGGUGUGUUUGAUAUUCUGA